AUGGAGCUUAGGGCCUGGUUGUACCUGCCAAGGAACAGUGUCCUUGCAAUUGUCUCUCUGAUCAGCUGUUUUCUUGCCUCCAGUGAAGCCAAAAUCUAUAGUCGGUGUGAAAUUGUCCAUCUGUUCCAACACAAUGGGCUUGAUGGCUAUUGGGGAUAUCACCUAGCUGACUGGGUUUGUCUAGCAUACUAUGCCAGUGACUUCAAUACAGCAGCCUUGGACCACGAGACUGAUAGGAGAAACAACAAUGGCAUCUUUCAGAUCUACAGCUGGUGUUGGUGUAAUGACUACCAUACUCCCGUGGUCAACAAGUGCAACAUUCAUUGCAAUGACUCGCUGAAUACUGACUUAAAAGAAGAUAUUGCCUGUGCCAUGAGGAUUGUGAGGCAGCCUCAGGGUCUGGAAAACUGUUGA